ACAUACGUCAUAACAUUCAUGCAAAUACAUUUUGGCUUUGCUCGUGCGCAUCGAUUUUGCGCAUUUGCGAGAAUUCGGCUAAAUUCGUUUGUCAUUCGGCUUCUGUCGUCGAGCUAAGGGUGCAUGAGCGUGGAAGGUUAGUGCAACGGGACUUAUUUCGAGCCGUGUGUUCGUUGUUUCAAGUUCGCGACGAGAACGGUGAUAUCGUUUUCGUCAUAAUACUUUUUAACGUAUUUGUCUCCUUAGAGAUCUGCACUCAUGCAUUCGAUGCAUUCAACUAUAAUACAUUUCGACAUGUACGACGAUGUGUUGAUCUAGUAUUUAUUGCAUUUGUGAAACAACGAGACGCCAUUCACGUGUCAAACGUCGCGAAACCAGAAUUGGAUGUAGGAAGUGCUACAACUCCCGUGGCUUAAGAAAUUUCGAAACAAAAUAUUAUUUGAAAAAGGAUUCCCUUCAUUCGCAAUGGAACAGAAGAGGCUGUACAAAUUAGUACUCACAGGAGGACCUUGCGGUGGAAAAACAACAGGACAGGCACGGCUGUGUACUUUCUUCGAAAAUAUGGGAUGGAAAGUGUUCCGUGUUCCCGAGACAGCGUCCGUGCUGCUCAGUGGUGGCAUCAAGUUUUCAGAGCUGAACGCCGAGGAAGGAUUCAAAUUUCAGGAGAAUCUAUUACGUACGAUGAUCCAGAUUGAAAAUACGUUCUUUCAAUUAGGCGAAAGUUGCUCAAGAAAUUGUCUUAUAAUUUGUGAUCGUGGUGCAAUGGAUGCCUCGGCAUUUAUCUCGAAAGACGAAUGGGAAUUGAUGAUGGCUUCAAAUGGUUGGAACAACGUAGAAUUAAGAGAUAACCGAUAUAAUCAGAUCAUCCAUAUGGUGUCAGCAGCAAACGGAGCUGAAGAUUUUUAUUCAACCGAAGAUCAUGCUUGUCGCUCGGAAGGUGUUGAACUUGCUAGAGAAUUGGAUUACAAGGCCGCAGCAGCUUGGGUCGGUCAUCCUUACUUCGACGUGAUCGACAAUUCGCAAGAUUUUGAAAUAAAACUCUGUCGUAUGAUAGAAUGUGUUUGCCAGAAAUUAGGCAUUGAUACUGGAGAUCGAUUACGUUCUAGCAGUCGUAAAGUUAAGUUCCUCGUAAAAGAUCCCCUACCAUUAGACUCCGAAUUUCCGCCAUAUCAGGAUUUCGAUGUCGUACAUAACUACCUCCAAAGUAAUAAUCCAAAAAUGCAAGCACGUUUGCGAAAGCGUGGUCAAAAGGGUCAUUGGUCUUACAUACAUACCAUCCGAAGACCAAAAAUGUGUGGUCAAGUAAUUGAGGUAAAGACCCAAUUAACACAUAGAGAUUAUUUAAAUAUGUUAGCACAACGUGAUGAUUCACACUUUACUAUCUUCAAAAGGCGACGUUGUUUCCUUAUCAAUAAUCAGUAUUUUCAGUUGGAUAUAUAUAAAGAACCGGCACAUCCAAGAUGCCGAGGUCUCAUGUUACUCGAAACUUAUACGGCAUUGACGGGAGACCAGUUAAAAAAUAUUCUACCACAGUUCCUCACUAUAGAGAAGGAAGUCACUGGGAAUCCUGAUUAUAGCAUGUUUAAUCUUAGUUUGCGAGAAGAAUGGAAUACCACAAAUAAAUAUUGCCACAAUUUAAAUGGUUUACCACCAGGUACUUGGAUGUUGGAAAAUGAGAAUCUUAAUCUUUCAGACAUGAAAGAUUCUUCUGAAACUAGGAAUCAAGUUAACGGAGCCGAUGUCAGAAUCGGUGGUAUAAAACAUGAUGUAAAUAAUGUUAUCAGCGUAGUACAGAAUGGUGUUAGUAGAGUAGCAAACGGAGAUCGAUAUAAAUAUUUCGAUCAGAAUAAUGUAAAGACUAAUCAAGAGAGUCAAAAGCGUACAUAUGACACUCCGACGAAAAAGAUAAAUGAAUUACCACAAGAAAAGAAAGAUGGCAAACUUAAUAAAAAUGUCUUUCAUGAUAAUGUAAAAGUAUAACAGUAACAAUAAAGAAUAAAAAAAAAAAAAAAUGAAGGAGAGGAAAAGAGAAAGGAAAAAUAAUUUCUAGAAAAAAAAAAAAAAAAGAUGUAAUAUAAAUUUGAUUGGCAUUGACUAAAUUACACAAUAUAUAAGGACAAAUUUACAUAAUAAAUUUUAUUUUUUAAUCGAACAUACGUGUUACACAUUUGGAUAUCUUCCAUUAAGAGAAUGUAUUUAAGGAUUUAAUCGUUAUUUGUUAAUCUUGUUGAUCUAUAUCAACAAGUGAUAUGUCUAUCGAAAUACCAAGUAUUUAUAUACUUAAGAAAGGUUUCUUCGUCUCCUUAGUUUCCUAUGCAUCCUUCUACCUAAAGUAUUGUCUUGAUUCUUAAUUAAGAAAAUUACUAUGAAUGAUUGUGAUAAAGGUUUAUAUAUAUUUAUAUAUAAUCUACGACAUAUAAAAAAAAAAUGAAGUAUAAUUAUUUUAAAUAGAACAUACAAUCAACACGAAGUUAUACCCUUCUCAAUAAAAUCUUUAGUCGAUUUUUUCAAAGUACAUUAAAUUUUUCCAAAUAAAUGUCUACAAACUUGUGAAGAAAAUCAUUGAAAAAAAACACAAUUUUCAAGAUACUUCUAUUGUAACUUUUCAAUUUUAAAUAAUAGCGUUAGAAUAUUAAAUGGUAGCUUAAUUUACGGAUGAUAUGUGGUGGUAUUAAUUAUUAUACGUAUAUAUGUGACUCUCUUCAGUCGAUUGUAAUAUGCACAUUGCUUGUCUAAUUAUUAUCUUCUAGAUUAAAAAAGAUAAAAGUAAAAAAGGUCGUGGAAAAAAAUACGUUUUAACGUAAUAUACGGAAAUUACGUAUUUAGAGCAUAACAAAUUUAAAACUUAUCAAUACUUAAAGCGGGCACAUAACCCGUAUCAAUAGGUUUACAAAUUGUAUAUAUAUAUAUAUGAUUUUACUACUUGUCAAAAAAAUUUCUGUGAUUAAUUGCAAUGGUAUGACUGAGUUAUAGCUUUUAUGAAACAUCAUAAUUUAUUAUAUGGUGUAUAUCAAACAGAUUUAAGAGUGUCGAAUAGCAAUGGCAUGAUGUACGAAUUCUUGUUUUUUUUUUUUUUUUUGAAUGGGGAGGAAAGAGAAAUUAAAA